AUGCUAUGCCCACGGCCCGCAAUCCCAAGACUACCACCCGACAUCCUUGCCGAUGUCGAAACGCUAAUUGGAUACCGAAACAGUCACAAUUUGUUGACAUCUACGACAUCAAUUGCCCCCAGCGUGGUUCUUCAACAGUCUGCGGAGCACAAUCCUCUGAGACUUUCAUGUUGGAAGGGCGAUAUAACAACAUUGACCCACGUCACAGCAAUUGUCAAUGCAGCCAAUGCCCAACUCGAAGGCUGCUUCCGCCCUGAGCACCGCUGCAUCGAUAAUGUCAUUCACUCGGCUGCUGGGCCACGUCUUCGAGAUUCAUGCCAUUCCUUGAUAGAAGCUCAAGGCUACGUGGAGCCAGUGGGCUCCGCCAAAGUUACACCAGGAUUCCUACUUCCAGCUCCGUGGGUACUGCAUACUGUUGGUCCACAGCUGAACCCUGGACAAAAGCCCCAGCUACAUCAUAAAGCUCAAUUGGCAUCUUGCUACGCCUCGUGUCUGGAUGCGGCAGAGUCGUUGCCUGCUCUGGAAGAUGGUAGCAAGGUUGUCGCUUUCUGCUGUAUAUCAACGGGACUCUUUGCCUUCCCAUCCGAGCUUGCAGCAGAAAUUGCUGUGGAUACAGUUGUGUCCUGGCAUAAGGAACACCCCGAUACAAGCAUCACUGAAAUUGUUUUCAACACUUUCCUUGACAAAGAUUGGACAUUGUAUCAAGAAAAACUGACCCGGCUACGAAAUUCGACACCCGAGAUCUCAAACCUCAGCAUUCAUUCAUCACCUCGGCUAUCGCAGUCAUUGCAUUCAUCCAAGUCAUGCCAAACAUUGGUCCAGAUUCCAAAUGAUGCCCUGACAAAGGCACGCACUUGGAUCAACGAAGCAUCCAAUUUGAUUAUCUCAGCUGGUGCUGGUCUCUCCGCUUCAACAGGUCUCGACUACACUUCUACUGCUCUGUUUGACAAGCACUUCCAUGCAUUCACUGCGAAGGGCUUGCGCAGGUUAUAUGAUGUUUUUGGAUACAACGACUGGGACAGCCCGGGGCAAAAAUGGGGCUAUUAUUUCCUUCAUUUGGACAUUGUGCGCUCCUGGCCCGCGUCGCCAGUUUAUGAUGCCCUUCGCGGGCUGGCUGAUCGGUUUGAAUCCAAGUAUUUCGUCCGCACCACGAAUGCAGAUGGCUUCUUUUUGAAGAAUGGCUUCGAUGCGAAUUUCAUAUCCACUCCACAGGGGCAGUAUCGUCUCCUACAAUGCUACAACAAAUGUCGCACCGAUGCUGUGUUUCCUUCCGAUCCUUUGGUCAAUGCUGCGCUGCCUUCCAUUGAUCCUGUUACUCAGGUUUUGACCGACCCAACAAAGAUCCCGCACUGUCUCUUUUGUGGUGGUGAGGUCACAAUUUGUGUGCGCGGUGGCAACUACUUUAAUGAUGAGCCUUUCCGGGAACAGAAUUUGAAGUGGGAUAGGUUCUUGAGGGGCCUGAAUGGAGAGCAGGAAGGGCAGAAGGCUGGAUCAGCGAAGACCGUUAUACUUGAAUUAGGUGUUGGGUUGAACACGCCGGGAGUGCUGCGGUGGCCGAAUGAAGACUUGGUGAUCGAGUCGGAGAAUCAAGACUUCCGACUCAUUCGUAUUGGGAUCGGAGCUUCGGGGUGUGUUCCUUGGGAGCUGGAGGAAGAAAACUUGGCCGUUGGAGUCUCAGCCGAUGUCAAGACGGCGUUGGAUUUGCUAACAUCUUGA